AUGAAUCCAGACGAAGAAAAACGCUCUCAGAAUGCCCUUCCAAACCCACCCCAAACGUCGCCCUUCUCUUCCUCAUUAAUGGAACUGGAAACGUUUUCAUGUGGCGUGCCUCAGCCUUUGGAAAUUCUUCAGGGGAAUCCAGUGCCGCCAUUUUUGUCGAAAACGUUCGAUUUGGUGGAGGACACGUCGUUGGAUCCGAUCAUCUCUUGGGGUCCGACGGGAGAGAGCUUCGUGGUUUGGGACCCGGUCGAAUUCUCUAAGUUCAUACUUCCUCGGAAUUUCAAGCACAACAAUUUCUCCAGCUUUGUUCGUCAGCUCAAUACUUAUGUGGGUUUAAUCUGUAAACUGGAACCUUUUCGUGAACAAUCCCGUUUCUCCCAUUUAUUCUUGAAUCAUCUUGUGUACUGUUUUCAGGGAUUUCGCAAAAUCGAUACUGAUAAGUGGGAAUUUGCAAACGAGGCUUUUCAGCGAGGGAAGAGGUAUCUUUUGAAGAAUAUUCAGAGGCGUAAGUCGCCUCAAUCGCAACAGUUUGGUAACUAUUUUGGAUCUUCUACUGAAGCAGGGAGGUCUGGAGUGGAAGGUGAAAUAGAAAGGUUGAGGAAGGAGAAGAGCAUGUUAAUGCAGGAAGUAGUGGAACUGCAGCAGGAGCAGCAGGGUACGGCUCGGCAUGUCGAAGUAGUGAAUCAGAGGCUUCAAUCAGCUGAACAAAGGCAGAAGCAAAUGGUUUCUUUCUUAGCCAAGUUAUUCCAGAAUCCGGCUUUCUUGGCACGCCUUAGACAAAAAAAGGAACAGGGAGAAAUCAGUUCUUCGAGGAUGCGGAGGAAGUUUGUCAAGCACCAGCUGGUUGAAUUGAUCGAUUCAGAAACACCUGCUGAAGGCCAGAUUGUGAAGUACUCCAAACUUGAUUGGAGAGACAUCGCUAUAUCCCCUUCAGCCCCAGAUAUAAUUCCAACUUCUGUUGAACAAUCUCCAGAUUAUCUACCCAAGGGAGUAGCAGAAACCGAUUUAGGUUCUGAAGGCUUUCCAUUUCCAGUUGAUGAUGAAGUAGUUGUAUCUGAUGAGUUGGCAACUGCACAUGGAUUUCUUGGAACCCCAGAGCUGGUAGGAGAAGGUUCAUCAGGCACGGGAAUCCAAGAUCUGAAAGGGAAGAAUGUAAUCGGUUCGGAACAAGUGGUUAAUCCAGGGUAUUUUAUAUCUUCCCCAGAGGAUUUAGUGAAGCAGAAAAGCACCCCAUAUUUCUCAUCUCCUAUCAGUGAGAGCGUUUCUAAACAAGAUGUAUGGAGCAUGGAUUUUGAUGCUACUGUUGGUAUGCCUAGUUCUAGGAACGAGUUAUGGGGUAAUCUUGAAACCUAUGACAUUCCCGAGUUGGGGGUAACUGGUGAGUUAUCUGAUGUCUGGGAUCUGGGGUUUUUGCAAGCAGCAGAAGAUUCAGGUGCUGAUAAAUGGCCGACUGAGGGAUAUCCUUUCGACAAUCCCCAUACUGAGAAUCAAGGUGGCCAGUCAGAAGCUAAUAGGUCUAAGAAAAUGGAUCCAUAAGGGUUCAUUUGCUUCGGCAGAUGACGAUGCCCUUGUGGAUCAUAGUUAAUCUUCAUUUACUAGGAUGAAUGAUUGAAUGGACAAUUGAUUUAUCAGCAUACUAAUUGAAUGCCGUUUUUCUUUAUCUAAUAUUAUAUCAUUACAGGUUUCUGUUCCUUUCUAUUGGUAAUUUCAAUUAUAAGCAAACCCUUGUGAACUGAAACUUUCUGUUGCUGUCCUAUAUGAUGCGUUUCACUUGAAAUUGCAGGUUUUACACUCACCGGUAUGUGUUGAGUUAUGAAAUUGCAGGUUGAGUUGAAGUCUUAUACAUCCAUUCAACUUGUUGCCAUAUUCUUAGCAGUUGGCAUGCGACAUCCAGUCAGAGAACGACAUUGAUUGACAACAUAAUCAGUGCAGGGUUUGCCUCAUCUGUUGGCAUAUAUGUUCUUGUAAACUCACUUUAAAUAGCUUGUUAUUUGGUUGCAGACCAAAGUUAGAUAGAUGUAGAAAUUCUAAUCUGAAGAUACUUGGACAAUUCGGCACAGAACUCACCUUAUUAUCCAGACUUCAUUCUUCCUGAAGUUGGUGGAGCUGCAACGAACAACGUCAAGAGGGGUUAACCGAUUACGAAGGAUCUCCAGCAACAUUUGUGAUUUCAGCAAUUUUUUCUGCCCCUACAGAUAUCUUGCACGUUAUGUAGGAAGUAAAGAGUGUCGGUCUGGUCUUAAGGCCAAUCAUACCUUUCAUCAAUCAUUGUAGCCAUGUCUCUUCCGCUGUACCAUGGAUUUUGAGAUAAUUUCAUUUGCAUUUUUUGAUAA